AUGCAUCAGCAAGCAGCAGAAUGGCGUAAAAAUCGUAAAAUGGUUCUACAAUUAGUGAGCAUCUCUUUCGUUUGCAUUGUAUUUAACGUGCCUGAUACGAUCAAUCCAUUAUUUCAAUUAACAUCCGGUAUUCAACCAAUACCAGCAAAUAUUCAAGUACUAAUUUUAGAUUAUUUGGGAUAUGGUUCAUGUAUUUUUUUGCCAUUUGCAUGUCUCACAACAAUACCACAUGUAAAAAAGAAAUUGAAAAAUGUAAUUGAUUGUCGUCGAUGGCCUGGUGUUGUGGACAAUCGACGACGCGCUAUUAUUGGUACUCAAACAAAUACUGCUGCUUCUCGGCGUUAA